UCUGAUAUUUAAGAUAUAUUUAUCUUAAAAUGGUGCAUCUUAUUGAGAUACAGAUUUGACAUUUGACACGAGAUUACACUUGUGCAAAAAAUAUGAGCAACGCAAAAAAUCUUGUGCUUUUUACGCGUCCUAUUAGUUAUUGUGAUGAGUAACGUUGCUACUUGUUAAAUCGGACUUGACCUCUUGAAAAACUUUUGUAUACAAAAAUCUAAAGUUUACGUUACAUACAUAUGGUAUAGAUUUUCGUAUUGAAAAGUAUUCAAAAAGACUCAGUUUGACAAGAGGUAAACACGCGAUGCCUAACAUCAAUAAUUUGAUAAAAGAUUUGCCCCAUGGACCACUGGAUGCUUAUAGAAAACAAGCAACAUUCAACUGGAAAUCGCUCAAACUAACUUUAGAAGGAGAAGAUGGUGUGGAGGCUCAGAACAGAAUAUGGAGAAUUAUUGAAACCCAUCCGGCAUUUCAAAGAACAAAAAGAUCACUUACCUUGGAUGAAGCUCGAAGACGCUGCAAUGCUCAAAUGCGAGUAAUUGCGGAGAAUGACUUAUUUCAAUUUUCAAAUAGACAUAGUAUUUAUCUCCAUCAGUGUUGUUUAUCUGCAGCAAUAAAAUUUGGUAUUUCUCGUGGCAUGGUACCAAGUGCUUUAAUGACACUGGGCACUGAACAGCAUCAGCCUUUUUUACAAGAAAUUAUUGAUGGAAAUUACACUUGCUGCUUUGCUCUGACUGAAAUCUCUCACGGGACUAAUACAAGAGGCAUGCAAACCACAGCAACAUAUGAUGUAGCAACAAAAAGUUUUAUUCUUCAUACACCCAGCUUUGAAGCUGCAAAGUGUUGGGUAGGUAAUUUAGGAAAAUCUUCCACACAUGCAAUUGUAUAUGCUCAACUAAUUACACCGGAUAGAACAAACCAUGGUUUACAUCCUUUCAUUGUGCCAAUUCGUGAUCCAGAAACUCACUUACCUUAUCCCCGUGUUACCGUGGGCGAUAUGGGUGAGAAAAUAGGACUCAAUGGAAUAGAUAAUGGAUUUGUAAUAUUCGACAAUUAUCCUAUACCGCGUAUAUGCUUGUUAAAUCGUACAGCUGAUGUCAGCGAAAGCGGACAGUAUAUACUUGCUGUAAAAAAUGAACGAAAAAGAUUUGGAGCAUCUCUGGGAGCAUUGUCGGCAGGUCGUGUCACUAUUACUGGACUGUGUACGCAGUGUUUGUUACUUGCGUUGACGAUUGCUAUACGUUAUUGUGCGGUAAGGAAACAGUUUGGUCCUACUCCGGAUAAUGAAUUGCCUGUUAUUGAAUAUCAAACACAGCAAUGGCGAAUCAUUCCUCACUUAGCUACAUUAUAUACAAUGAAAAUAUUUUCAAGUAACUUCUUAAACAUAUUAGUGGAAUUUAAUCUCGAACGUCUUUCGGGAAGAAACGAUGACUGGAUUGUCGAUCUAGGAGUAGAAAUGCAUGCUUUAUCUUCUGCAGCGAAACCUCUGUGCUCCUGGCUUGCUCGUGAUGCCAUUCAGGAUUGCAGAGAAUCUUGCGGUGGUCACGGAUAUUUGAAAAUGUCGCGCUUGGGUGACUUAAGAGCUGAAAACGAUGCAAACUGUACGUACGAGGGUGAAAACAAUGUACUCAUUCAGCAAACAAGUAAUUGGUUAUUGACUCAAUGGGCUAAUGUAAUUAAUGGACAAUCUGUGCAAUCUCCACUUCAUACUAUAGAUUUUAUUGGCGCAAAAGAAAUAUUUAAUAUGAGAUUUAAUCAAACUACAGUAGAAGAUACAAUGAGGGUUGAAAAUCUGCUAGAAGCUUUCAAGUGGCUAGUUUGCUAUUAUUUAAAAAAGACAUACGAACGUGUAAAAAAUCUCAAAGCAAGUGGAAUGACUGAUUUUGAUGCAAGAAAUAAUUCUCAAUCGUUUUUGGCGCGAACCCUGUCUCUCGUAUAUGCAGAACACGUGUUGAUAGCAGAGUUUGUUAAAACACUAAAAGAUCCGAAAUGGAAAGCAAAUGAACGAGAAGUGUUAACUAAAUUGUGUUCUCUAUUCGCGGCUGUAACAUUAGAGAAAAGAAUGGGAGAUUUGUACGCGGGUGGUUAUGCUUCGCCUAAUUCUAACAUAGAUGGCUUUCUGCGAGAAGGAAUCAUAACAUUAUGCAAAGAAUUAGCCAGUGAUGCGGUUGCGUUGAUUGAUGUUUUGGCACCACCGGACUUUGUUGUUAAUUCUCCUCUCGGAAUGUCCGAUGGCCAGGUGUACAAGCACAUGAAAGAAUGGAUAUUCGAGAACAAAGAGAAUUUUGAACGUCCAUCGUGGUGGAGGGAAAUUCGCCCAAAAUUGUAAACAUCACAAAUUAUAAGAUCAACUCACAAGAUCGAUUCUAUCGAAAUCACUUCUAUUCCUUUUUAUCUAUGGACUUGGCGAUAUCUUCGAAAUGUAGAAUCUAAACUCAUUGGUAUUUUUACAAGGUUGGUUUAAAUAAUAAUAAUAGAAUAUUUUAAUAAUAUAUAUCGUGAUAAUAUUGUUGUUUUAUAUGGGUCGGUUAUUUCUUUACUUUUUGCGAGAGAAGACAAAAAAUAAAGCUGUACGUCGCAAGAAUCUUACACUGUCA